AGCGCUGCUCGGGAAUACACAGUCUGAUCGGAUGCGUCCAACCCACUGUCAUAUAAUUAUUUUUCUGUAAUAAAAAUAUAGACACAGAGAGAAAAAAACAGACGGAGCAAACGACGAGGAAUUAUUCAUUCUUAUCAACAGAAAUCUGGGUUUUAUUUCGACGUAAGGUUAUAAUCGACAGAUCAUCUUCCAAUCGUCGUGAUCCCACAGUGUGGGAAUGGGAAAUGAUGGAGGAUAAAGGGCCUCGUGUAGCCGACUACUUUGUCAUCGCCGGCCUCACCGACUCGUCCAAGCCCUUGGAGGAGGAGCUCCAUUUUGACGACGCCGGUCCCAAGUCUGUGAAACCCCAAGCCCCCAUCACCGAUGUAGCCGUGGUGAUCCGUUCCCUUGGUGAGGAGGUACCCCCGGGUUUCACCUGUGUAGAAAGCACCCCCUCAGGCCUCUCUGCAGAGCUCAAUGGAGCCAGCCUCAGGGGCCCGCAGAUCUUCUUGUGCAUCAAGCGAGGCAGAGAUAAGCCUCCACUGACAGAUCUUGGGGUUUUAUAUGAGUGGAAAGAGAAGCUGAAGCCUGGAUGUCACAUCGUCCAGACCACGCCCUCAGGUCGCCCUGCCAACAUCAGCAGCUCAUCCUCCCAACGCAUCUACAUCACGUACCGACGUGCUCCAAAGAGCCAGCCCCACACUUCACUGGCUGUCACUGAUGUCUGCAUCAUCAUCCCCGGUAAGGGGGAGACGCCCCCUCACACCUUCUGCAAGGUGGACAAGAACCUCAACAGCAGCAUGUGGGGAUCAUCAGUCUACCUUUGUUAUAAGAAGUCUCUGGCUAAAGCAAACACAAUCGCAUGCAAAGCAGGUCUGCUGUGUAGGUACCCUGAAGAGGACUAUGAGUCCUUCCCACUGCCUGAGUCAGUGCCUAUGUUCUGCCUGCCCAUGGGGGCAACGAUCGAGUGCUGGCCGGCACACACCAAACACUCCCUGCCUGUGUUUUCGACAUUUGUACUGACAGGGGCCUCUGGAGAAAAGGUGUACGGAGCAGCCAUCCAGUUCUAUGAGCCUUACUCAGAGGAGAACUUGUCUGAGCGUCAGCGCUCACAGCUUGGCCUGCCGAGCUCUGAUCUCGGACCUGAUGGGAGCAGGAGUGUUUACAGCAACAAGAGCAUCUGUCUCCUCUCCCACUGGCCAUUCUUUCAGUCCUUCAGGAGCUUUCUCACUUUCCUCUACCGAUACUCCAUUUCUGGACCACAUGCCCUGCCUAUUGAAAAGCACAUCUCUCACUUCAUGCAAAAUGUGCCAUUCCCCUCGACUCAGAGACCACGCAUCCUAGUGCAGCUGUCUCCACAUGACAGCCUGAUACUGAGCCAACCUGUGUCCUCUCCACUGCCUCUCAGUGGUGGAAGCCUCUCCACAUUACUGCUGAAUCUGGGCCCGAAAAAUGCAGCCACUCUGCUAGUGCUGGCUGUCACAGAGCACAAGAUCCUGGUUCACUCCCUGCGUCCAGCUGUACUCACCAGUGUUACAGAGGCCCUUGUGUCUAUGAUCUUCCCCUUCCACUGGCCAUGCCCCUACAUCCCCCUGUGCCCACUGGCCCUGGCCGGUGUGCUCAGUGCGCCGUGCCCUUUCAUUGUGGGUGUAGACUCCAGAUACUUUGACCUUUAUGUGCCCCCGGCUGACAUCAGCUGUGUGGAUCUGGACACCAACACCAUCUUCCAUAAAGACGACAAGAAGGCUUUAACAUGGAAAAUCUUGCCCAGGAGAGCCUGCAAACAUCUUCUAAAUACCCUGAAUAAGCUCCAUCAGCAGCUUACUGAGGGUGGUCAGUUCAACCGUGAAGAUGUGCAAAUAGAACAUACGGUCACCGACAGCGAGCUCAACGGUGGGAAGAGCCUCCACACUCUGGAGCUGGAGAUCCAGGAGGCCUUCCUACGCUUCAUGGCAGCCAUCCUACGAGGCUACCGCUCCUACCUGCAGCCCAUCACCCAAGCCCCCUCUGAAAAGACCACUGACGUCAGCUCGCUUUUUGACCUCCAAGGCUUCCUCAAGAGCAGAGACCGUUCCCAUCAGAGGUUUUACUCCCUUAUGACCAAGACCCAAAUGUUCAGCCGUUUCAUAGAGGAGUGCUCCUUUGUCAGUGAUAAAGAUGCUAGCCUGGCUUUCUUUGAUGAGUGUGUUGACAAGCUAUUCACCACUGGAGGCAAGAUGGACAGUGAACGGCCAGAGGACACCAGACUGAUCGAACUGGAUGAAUCCCACCGCAGCGAGCACACAGUCUAUAUAAACCCUCCAGAACUGCCUCCACUCCCACAAGGAGAAGAACAUCCUCUGUGCUAUAGCUACUCUGGGUUCCCUGUACUGAAUACUGAGCUUCUGGAACCGCUGGAGGGACCAAAUCCUCCAUCAGCCGGCUUGGCUUCACGCCACAGCAGCCCAGCCAGCCCUACAGCCAUCUUUAGACGCUCUAAACAGGAGAUCAAAUCGGCUCAAAGGAUGGCCAAAACCUAUUCAUCAAUGCCUCAGAUGUGGUCUAAGUGUCUGCUGCGCCACUGCUAUGGCCUAUGGUUCAUCUGUCUACCCGGUUUUGUCAGCACCUGCCACUCGAAGGUGCGGGCUCUGCGCAUGGCUUACGAUGUGCUGAGGAAGAUGCAAGACAAGAAGCUUCAGGCUCCAGAUGAGGUGUGUUACCGUGUGUUGCUGCAGCUGUGUGGACAGUACAGUCAGCCAGUCCUGGCUGUCAGGGUGCUGUUUGAGAUGAAGAAGGCUGGAGUUCAACCAAAUGCAAUCACCUAUGGGUACUACAACAAGGCGGUGUUGGAGAGCACCUGGCCCUCCACUACCAGAGGAGGCUACUUUUUGUGGGGAAAGCUGAGGAACGUGGUCCUGGGUGUGGUCCAGUUCAAGCAAGCAGGGAGGAAACAACAAACGCCACACAGAGAUCCUCAGCUCUCAGACGGCAGUGAUCUUGACACAGUCAGUCAUGGCAGUUUGGACAGCGCUAAUGACUCUGCCGAGCGCACCUCCAUCGACACUGACUUCACUAAAAUGGACUCCAGUGAUGAUGGAUUUAGUACAGGUGGACAGUCAGACCAAGGCUAUGAUUCCUUGUCCAAAGAGGAGGAGAGGAUGUGCGGUAGAGAGAGUGACAGCACGCCGCUGGUGGAAGACAAAGGACCGAGACAGUCCACACCCGAGACUGAGAUUCCAAUCAGCAGCAUCUCUCCUUCUACUAGAGGCUGCAAAUCAACAGAUGCCAGUGCAGGCAAUGGUGGCAGGCUCGUUUCCAAUCCAUCUAGUGACAUUGCUCUGUGUGGACCUCUGCCAAAAUCAGAGCGACCAAAGUCUCUGGACUUGUCUGGUGGACAGGGGUCUCUGAGGCUCCACGUCCCUCACCUCACCACAACGAAGCAGCACCACCUAGCUGCUGACAGACUGCACGGGGUGGAGGAAGAGGAGACGGAGGCUGAUAAGAGUAAACAGAAACCCCUGGUGGAGAGGAGCGUGAGCUGCAGUGCCGGGACUGUGAAGAGGACAGGUAUUGAGAUGGGAUUUGAUCCUCUGUCGCUGAUGGCUACAGCAACAGUGCAAGAGUGCGACCAGGACAACAGCAGCACACCCACCGCCCGCCGCGAGCUUGCUGAGGAGAUUGAGAUGUACAUGAACAACACUAACAGCCCUCUGAGCAGCCGCACACCCAGUAUGGACUUGCAGAACCCCUCAAGCCCCUUGUUUCACUCUGCAUCAUCUCCUCACACCUCCCCCCGACCCUCCACCCUGCUCCGCUCCAACACACACUUCCCACUGCCUGUCAAACCCAGGGAGCGGCUGAGGCCAUCACCGUCUCUUCCUCUGGGUGUUUGUAACAAAGACAGGGAGAGGCCUUCCUCCUUGGUGUCACCCUCAUCACCGACUCCCUCCACCUCAUCGUUCUCCAUGGACUCUCUGUUCACACCGACUCUGGACAUCUUUAAGAGCAGUGUUAUAUCAGCAGGGAAGGGAGUGGCUGAGAAGGCCAGCCGCCUCUACUCCCGUCUGUCUUCUCAGACUUCGUUGACACAGGAUUCAAACUGUGACCAGAUUAGUGUAUCCUCACUGACCUCAGGAGACGCAGACUGCUCCUCGCUUCUUGAUAAUGACUCCUGUUUGGACCCAGAUGGCUUUACCUCCCCCCAGCACGGCAGUGUGUCUCGGCUCAGGAGGAGCCCUAUUGUCGGCCAUACCAACCUGGGCAGCCCCAGCACCCCCAACAGAGUGUUCAGACACAACUCCUUCUCUGGUGGUUUGGCACUUCCUUCUAAAACUCCUCACACUCCAGAUUCUUCCCCCGACACCAGCCGCUUCCAACCCACUCCCAAUUACACCAUCGAGGUACUGAUGUCCAGCUGUUCACUUUGUAAGACGUGUGACUGUCUGGUGUAUGACGAAGAGAUCAUGGCCGGCUGGACAGCUAACGACUCCAACCUCAACAGCACUUGUCCUUUCUGUGGCACAGCUUUCCUGCCUUUCCUCAAUGUGGAAAUCAAAGACCUGAGACCACAGAGCAGGUCUUCCAAGGAAAGUAAUCCUGUUACAGAGGAGGACAUGUCUGCGUCACUCAGUCCUGAGGCCAAAAUGUCUGGGGCAGACUGUGCAGCUCAGUCAUCUGCAGCUCCCCCGCAGAAGCAGGAGGGCAGCGGUAGUGCCGGGCCUGCUACGAUGUCUGCACCAACGUCAGCCUCUGCUCCGGUGACGGUGCCAUACCUGAGCCCUCUGGUUCUGUGGAAAGAGCUGGAGAGCCUGCUGGUGAACGAGGGUGACCAGGCCAUCUCCUCCCCGAGUGUUGUCGACCAGCACCCCAUCGUCUUCUGGAACCUGGUGUGGUACUUCAGGAGGCUGGAGCUACCAAGUAACCUGCCGGCUCUUAUCCUGGCCUCCCAGCACUGUAGCUAUGGAGACCAGACUCUUCUUUCAUCCGAGGACAGUAAGCAGGUGCUUGUGAGGAUUAUGUGGGACAACCUAAAGUUACACCAAGACAAAGUUCAACCCUGUUAUGUCCUGUGGAACACACAUUGUGCUAACUCCCUAGUUCGCUCUGGGCUGUGUGAGGAAGGCCAGCUCUUCACGGUGGAGCUUCUGCAGGGUUUCGUGAGAAGCAUUAAGAAGAGUGAUGUCUAUCAGCCCAUGAGCCAGAUCAUCCAGCUCCUUGGGCCAGAGCUGGGUUUCAAAAGACAGAGGAGCCUGUACAGAGAUUUAUUGUUCCUCACUUUGGUGUCUUUGGGCAAGAACAACAUUAAUAUCAAUGCAUUUGACCGGGAGUACAAGUUGGCAUAUGAUCGCCUCACCCCCAACCUGGUUAAACUGACACACAACUGUGACCGCCCCCCUGGAGCAGGGGUCAUGGAGUGCAGGAGGACUUUUGGAGAGCCCAGUCUGUGAACUUCAUCUCCUCUUCUGUCACAUUAUGUUUUUCCUUCAACCACGGUCACUGCUGCUGUUUGUUUGUUUUUUUGUUUUUUUUAACUGCUCUUCAGACUCAGGACCAGCUCACCUGACUGGAGCACAGAGCUCUUAAGCACAAUUGGAAAAAGACACUUAAUGUAAAGCGACUGCCAUGAGUUUCUUGUACACUGUUAGAGCUGAGAGGCCUGGAGUGACAGGCCCUGUGCUUGUAAAUAUUUAGAAAAUCCACUGUAUUUUCAGUAUAUCAAUAGUAACAUGUUUGUACAGUUCUACAGUCUAUUUUAUGACUUUGUGUUGAAGCUGUGAGUAAGUAUGUAAAAGUAAGUGUAUGAUCAAGUUGUCUGAAUUUCUCAGUGGUCCCGGUGACCUUAUUAAGACUGUUGUUGAGUGUGUUAUAAUAAGUACGUACUUUUAGACAUUCAUGUUUUUACAAAGCACUUUGACAAGAUGAGCUCUUGACAUUCAUUCUCAUUUAUGUAACGCUGUGGCCCAGCAGCCUACGAUUAAGUGACUUGUAAUUGGGCAGCUACAGGACUUACUGUACUGUCUAAAAUUUCCAUUACGUGCAGUUAACGAAAGCAAAGAAAUUCCUCCUCAUUUGCACCCUGUAAACCUGGCAGGGCUGUGCUCACAUGCCUGAAUACACUAAACUAGAUCAUAACAUCAAAAAUGAUAAAACAUUAUUUCUGAAUCAAGAAGGGAGAACUCAAUGAUCAACAUGCAUAACAUUUAUUCAUUUAUCAUUUUUUAUACCAAAAGAGCCCAAAAGGGAGUAAAACUUCUAUGAUGUAUUUUCAAUUUUUUAAGCAAUACCUUUUUAAAAGUGUUAGUUUAGUGUGUUAUUUGGGACCACCAAGGAUAGAUUUCCUUGAAAACAGUACAAUCAAAGUAAUUAUAGACAAAUAAUAACUGAAAAUAAAAAAAAUCUGUUGAUUUAAUCAAAACCUUUUUUUUAAAAUAAUUAAAUUCAUUUAUUGAC